ACAUAAAUAAAUCAGUCUUUAUCCUGAUUUCUGUCGUCGUUCGUUCGGCGAACCUGAUGGAUUGGACGGCGCCGUUUGGCUUAAGGCACGGCAAUUGUAUACGUGUCAUUCGGCUGGGCAGCCUGUUGCCGUGAUUGUCGUUGAAUGGGAAAGGCUUUAUAUUUGCUUUUUUUUUUCUUUCUAAUUUCCCGUUUCAUAAAUAGUUAAAUACCACACUUACCAUUUAUAUUUUAUCAGUCAAAUAAGAGGUUGAAUGCAUUAUCAUAAAUUACCUAAUUUAUUAACACAUUAAAAUUAUGUAGAAAUGUUGCAGUUUUAAAAUGCCGGAAAACACGUAUAAUUAACAGACAGAAAGAAGAAAAAAAAUAGAGUAUCAUAUUCUAAUUAAUAGUGGAAUGGAUUACCAAAAGAUGAAAACUAGCCAUUAAUGAUAAGCAAGCACAAAAUUCAGAACGUUCUCUUCGCGAAUUCGUUUGGUGUUUGCUUGUACUCAACGAAUCAAAUUGCAUUUCCUCCAAACUGAAUCGAAUUUGAAUGUAAUCCAAAAGAAAAAAAACUGUUUUGAUUUACGUUUUCGUUGGUUACCUCGACUACGAUAAGAUAAUUAGAAAGUCCAUCAAUCUAGGUUAAGUUUUCCCUUUUUAAAAAUUAGUAAUUGUUUUAAUUAAGAUGUACAUGAAGCCGUUGAAGAAUAAGACAAUAUUUCUCUUGUUACAAGAGAGGGAGUAUAGUCGAUAUCCAGAACCAAGCUUUUUUGGAAAAUAUUUAAUUAGUGUUAGAGUUUAUUUAUUGAAAUUUAUUUAUUCGACUAUUAAUAUAAAUACACGUACAUUAGCAGCCACAAAACACCAACUCAGAACGGCAGGGCUCUAGAUCUGUCCUUACUUGUGUUGUCUUGGCCUGUGUUCAUACACAAUUUUCUAUUAGUAGCUGCGGACGGCACAUCUCAUAUUCUCAUUUGUCUUCCUUGGAAUCUUCUUCCCAGUAAUUCACUACAUAAUCCUUCCUCCAUAUACAGACAGAUUAAUUUUGAGCUGAUUCGUUCACUCUGAUUGACAUGUAAUUUGUUGACUACAAGGAUUCGAUAUAAAACUUUCUUAGAUCAUAUCUUGUCAUGUCCGUAAUGAAAGUUCGUAUAUGAGAUCGGGAUACCAUUAUGUACAGAAGAAAGAAUAAACACCUUCAUAACUCAAAUCAUUUGAUUCUAGCGAUAAUGUUACUUCUCGAUUUUGGUUUUCAAGACGAAUACCCAAUCUAUAAAUCCAAUUCUACACAUGCUUUUCAAUGUGCUUUGGUGCGGAUAUAGACAAUUAUGGUGGAGUUAUGUGUAAUCUAUGAUGAUCAGUUACAAUAUUGCUCUCUAUUGAUUCUUGAUUAUAUGUUAUAAAAUAGGAAUGGCAAAGGGCAGGUCCGGGGCGGGUAUCUCGAUACCCAUACCCGCCCCAUGGCAGGUCGGGUAUAGGUCGGGUAAUUUAUCACGGGACGCGGGUCGGGGCAGGCCGACCCAUUGGGUAUGUAAUUUAUGUGAAAAACAGUAGAAAUAUUCGUUCUUUUCAUUGAAAGACCAAGAAAGAAACCAUAAUAUGAUAAAAUGUAGUUAAAUUAUUGAAGAAAUUGAGGGUUUCACUUAUUUACAACUUUAUUAUAGCUAAAAUAUAAUGUAACAAGAGGAAAAUCUUAAGUAAUUUGACUAAUAUUAUAUGUAAUUUAGGCAAGAACGAGUCGAGAAUGGGGUGGGUCAGGGCAGGUCGGGUCAAUGAAAGGUACACAUACCCGCUCCGCCCCGCCUACGAGGCGAGUUUGACCCGUCCCAAAACAGAUCAAACGAGUCGGGUAAAUCGGAUCAGGUCGAAAUUGUCAUCCCUGUUAUAAAAUGUAGCUGAUUUAGCAAGGAGCUAAUAAAAAGUGGGAGAAUGGUAGGGCUAUUAUCGUCUCUCUCGUCCAAAAUAAAAGUUCAACUCGAUUGUCGUUAUGUUUAAUGUCUAACCCAUCUUUUAUUAUCUUGCUUCGAAGAGCCAAGCCAUAACUCCAUUAGGCCACCGAAACAAUGUAACAAGAUUCAAGUCAAAAGUAAACGGCAACAAGUUACUAAAGGCACUGAUCUAUCAGGUGAUUGGCCGGACAUGUGAGAUUAAAUAAUCGACCUUGAUUUAUUAAUUAUUAAUUAGAGGGGCCGAAGCUUUAAUUAGCCACUAAUUGAGGCGUGCGAAGAUGUGAAUAUGAACGAAACUAUGAGGAAAGAGAGGGGCAAAUGCAUGUCUCCUGUCGCAAUUUUACCAGUGAAGGAGCUUUAUUUAUGUUAUCUAAUGUUAUCUCUAAGUUGGGAUCAGUUGGUUUAGUUAUCUUUUAAUCUGUUGAAGUAAUUAAGAAAUGUAAAUAUAAAUUAAUAAUUGAAAAACCAUAUUCAAGGACCAAGAUUGUACAUGAAAUUGUCAGCAAUAGAGUAUUUUGUACUGAAAUUUUGGUUUAAUCAUGUCUCAACUAUUUCUUACCACUAAGAACCGUCUAUCACUUUCACUUCCAAUAAAAAAAAUUAUAGUCAGAACCCUCCUUACCUGAGUUUUUAAUCCUUGUAUAGAACUCUCAUAAUUUAUGAGGUGUUGAAGAACACACACAUAGAAGAGAAGGAAGGUGGGAGAGAAAGAGACAUAAUUGAGAAAACGAGUGAGCAAAAUCAAAUAAAAUCAAAUCAGUGGGACAUAUUUGGGUGGACUUGGACUUCUUUACAAUUUUGAAGUUGCUAUUAUUAUUGUUGGGAUCGAAUAAUGAAUAAAUUAAAACACUGGGGUUGCUUGCUUGCUAGCUAGCUGCAGAAUUUUGUCACGUUUAAGCUGUGCUCCCUUCUAGAAUCGGACUUUUUGUACCUUGUUUCCAAUAAUAUGUGACCCUAAACUGCAAGAACCGAAAAUGUCGGAUUAAGCAAGUGUUUAUGAACAAAAAUGAUAAAUUUUAUUAGAUUCGUCUGAUCUGUUUAACGAUGGGAUAUUAGCCGUCCGUGUAUGGUCCUCGGCGGGACGAGUAUGGGUACCUUGUAUUAGAAGCUCUUACUAUUGGUGUAUCCGAGAUGGAUAUCAAAUGCCAAUCAUAGUGACUAAUUUCUUAGGGCAAAUCGCAGAAACCGUUUUUUUCUUGUGAAUAUGCAAGCAUACGGUGGGCAAGAAAUUGAUUGGCCCAUUAUAUGUGUAAGAAAAAAACUUAUUCAAUCCGUUGCGGCGAGGUCGUAUGAGGCCCAUCAUUACAGCCCAUUUUGUUUCCAGUAUCGGAAUUCGUGUUAUUCUCAAGUAAAGUUUGGGCCUGUAGGCCUAGCCCGCUAACUGAGGACGAGACUCAACUGACGGCCUAAUUUAUGGUUGGGCUUAUUGGGAGCAUAACUAAUUAGUUCGGCUUCGUUCUUGAAUCUUGAUACGCAGCCUACAGUGGUUGUUAAUUUAAUAAUUUCAAGCAAUUUUUAUGAAACAAAUCCUCUUAACCUAGUAAAUCAAUGAAAAUUUGUGAUUGUGAUUUCUAUUUCAGAAUGGUAUAUAGUGAUUUAAAACUUUUCGUGGUUAUACAUUGGUAUAGGACUGAUCAUCAAAUAAAUUGGCAUGUAUCAAACAAUACGAUGCACUUAAGUACGCACAUCUGGUACCAAAUUAAUCAACUAAUACAUUGAAACUAACCCAAAUCAGUUGUUUAUUUUUACCGCAUAUCUUUGACGUUCUAUUAGCCAACAACUACAUAAAGAAAAGAAACCAACUCCUACUAUGUCAUCAAUUAUCAAGUCAAUAAAAAGUACGUCAGGGUUGAUAGUUUAAGUAUUUAAUAAAUAUAACCAAGCUCCAAACGGACCAAACCUAAUGCUUUUGUGGAGUAGGGCCUCAUUUCCAUUUCGACAAGAUAUAGCCCCACAGGCCACUCCAAAGAGCAAACGACGCAGCCGAUCGUGGAAAAAUAAUGCUAGUCAUGAUUAGGUCAUACUAUUUUAUUGAAAUCUACCGUUUAAUUCACACGAAUGUAAUUUAAGAAAAUGAAUGCUUGGAGUGUUUUGAGAAGAAUUAUAUACCAAAUACACAUAUUAUCUUCCAUUACCAAAGUACCUUUAUAUAAUUUCCUUACUAACACACAUUUCUACCAUUCUAAUUGUAACAAUCACACCCAUCAUAAGGACUUCGGUUUAAAUAUUUAUUAGUUUUGAGUUUAGAGUAAGUAACUCAACAGUUAAUUAGAGGAGUUAUUACAUGUUGAACUAUAAACUCGUUUGCGCUUUCACUUCGAAUGAGCAGGAUGACUCCUCAAUACAAUUCUUUUUACAAACCAAAUGAAUUUUUUUUUUAUAUAACUAGUACGUAACAUCUGUGGCAGAGGGAGCCUUUGAGGUUAAGACUUAAGAGUUCUAGGACCCCACUUAGCAAAAAGUUGGGUACCAAAACCCUUUAAAUAUAUGUGUUUUAGCAUGAUUUUUGAAAUGUAGGACUCCAUAUUUUUGUCGAUAUUACCUCAUGUAAGAACCCUAUUUACCUCGAAAUUUUUAAAGACCCCAGUCCAUUCAAAGUCUGACUACGACGCUGCGUUACAUAAUUUUAAUUUCAUAAACAUGAUGAGAUUAUUGGAAAGUUUAUAAUCAAUUUCCCAUAUGAUAGUGAUGAUAUGCAUGAGGGAAGAAUCAAGAAAGUAACUUGGAAAUUUCUACUACAACUUAGAAAAAAGGCGUCAAAGUUUAUACCUUGCUUUAGGACCGCGCCAAAGGAUAACGAAAAAGCUUGAAUCCCACGAAUCCCAAUCCUCCACGUGGACCUUUCGGUUACUUAAUUCAGCCGCCACUCUGCUCUAGGCUCCGUGUUCGCCAUUUUUACACUGUGUGUGUGAGUUUGAAAGUCAACACUAAAGAAAAAGCCCGGCCGGAAAACAGAAUCUCCCCGUCAGUCGCCGGGCCCGCCGGUGGUCACUUUCACAGGAACAUUUCAACCCGCCCCGAACGUUCUCCAUUGAUUAAACCCUAAACUAAACCCUCCCCAAAAAAAUUUAUAUCCAAAAUCAGACAAAAAAUAAUUUUGCAAGACGAAGACUUCAGCAAUUUUUUUAAACCCGGAAGACCGUUUCAACAAUGGGUCUCUUUCUGCUAUUGCAACUCCUUCUAUUACUUCUUCAUAGAAAACCCACAAGGUCUUUGGCUCCAAUUUGGGAAAUUCGACUUGAUUCGAUCUCAAAGGUCACUGGGGAUUUCCUUUUCCGUUUCCCACACUCUGAUCGGCGGCGGCCGGCGGAGCCAUGUCGGUGAGACGCCUGGACCCGCAAACCGCGGCCGAGAAGGCCGUCUCGGCGAUCGGACUCGGGUACGACUUGACGAAAGACCUCCGAUUGUCGGCCUGCAAGCCGGGUCCGUCUGGGUCGAAACUGAUCCGGCUCGACCCGAACCUGCCGACCCGGGACCUCGUCGUCCCCGGCGGGACCGUCGUCCACAACGUCUGGAGCGGAAUCAAGUGCGAUAAGGGCGAGCGGACCAGGUUCCGAUCCGACGUCAUUUCAUUCAACCAGAUGUCGGAGAAGUUCAAUCAGGAGCUAUCUUUAUCCGGCAAAAUCCCGACGGGGAUGUUUAACGCGAUGUUCGACUUCAAGAGCUGCUGGGCGAAGGACGCCGGCUCGGUCAAAACGCUGUCUUUUGAUGGAUGGUUCAUCACUCUGUACAACGUCGAGCUGGAAAGGUCGCAUUUAUCGCUGUCGGAGAGUGUCAAAGCUGAAGUUCCCAAUUCCUGGGAUCCGGCAGCUCUUGCCGAGUUUAUUGAGAAAUACGGAACCCAUAUCGUGGUUGGGGUGAAAAUGGGUGGGAAAGACGCCAUCCAUUUGAAGCAGCUGAAAAGAUCGAAUCUUGAUCCCACUGAAGUCCAGAAGUUGCUGAAGCAGCUAGCUGAUGACAGAUAUUCUCAGGAUUCUUCUGAAGCGUCUUCUGCUAAACCAAAGGCUGCACAACCUAUGCCAUUGGGAAUGCAUCUGCUGUAUGCUGCUAAUUCAGUUAGGCCGCCUGUAAUCACUUCCUUAAAGAGCGAGGAUCUCGUAAGUGUUGCAAUUAGAAGGGGAGGAAUGGACAUUGGACAGAGCCAUAAUGAGUGGCUCUCAACGAUAGUUGAGUCGCCCAAUGUCAUUUCCAUGUCACUUGUUCCCAUCACUUCCCUGUUGAGUGGCGUCCGUGGCAAUGGAUUCUUGACUCAUGCUGUCAAUCUCUACCUACGAUAUAAACCACCCAUAGAGGAACUUCAGCAGUUCUUGGAGUUUCAGUUGCCUCGUCAAUGGGCGCCAGUUUAUGGUGAUCUGCCGCUUACUCUCCGGCGGAGAAAACAUGCUUCACCUUCUCUUCGGUUCAGCUUCAUGGGCCCUAAACUGUAUGUAAACACUGCAACGGUUGAUUCAGGAAACCGGCCAGUGACAGGAAUCCGGCUAUACUUGGAAGGUAAAAGAGCUGACCACUUAGGUAUUCAUCUACAGCACCUCUCAUCCCUACCAGACACUCUCCAACUCUUCGACGACCACAGCCACGACCCCUCAGAUGAGCCCGAGAGAGGCUACUUGGAGGCUGUGAAUUGGAGCAUAUUCUCCCACGUCUGCACUGCACCGGUGCAGUAUAAUGGAGCUCGAAUCGAUGACUCCGCAUCCAUCGUGACCAAGGCUUGGUUCGAGGUCAAGAUGGUUGGGAUCAAGAAAGUUCUGUACUUGAGGCUCGGGUUCUCAAUGGUGGCGAAUGCUAGGAUUCGAAGGUCGGAAUGGGACGGGCCUUCUACCAUGUCAAGGAAAUCAGGGAUCUUCUCGUCGCUGCUGAUCAGUUCCAGGUUUAGUACGGCUUUGAUGAACCCGAAUGAAGAACUGCCUGUGAAGGUGGAUCUGAACUCUGCUGUGUUUCCAGGGGGGCCUCCAAUGCCAAUGAAGGCGCCAAAAAUGUCGAAUUUUGUGGAUACUAAGGAGAUGAUGAGAGGGCCAGAAGACCCUCCUGGGUAUUGGGUUAUGACCGGUGCGAAGUUGUGUGUUGAGGAGGGCAAAAUUUCGAUCAAGGGGAAGUACUCGUUGCUGGCUGUUAUGUCGGAAGAGUCUAUGAUGCUGAUAUGAGAAACAGAAAAAAAACUCCAGUAGAAAAC